ACUAUUUGAUCCAAAUCCCAUUUUUGACUUUUUUUUUUUUCAAAUAUUUCUUCAAGUUUUUUUGACAAAUUUGAAGAAAUGGCUUACAGAAGGAAGCAGGGGAUCAGCCGAUCCUCCACUUUUCAGGAAGAAAGCAUUUUCCGUUCACCGGCGGAACCGAAACAGGGGAUCUCUAGAUCCUCCACAUUUCAUCAUGAAACUGCUACUUCCCGUUCCCCCGGAGAUCCUUUUUCUUCCUCUUCCUCUUCUUCCUCUUCGUCUCUCGCUGCUCAAGCCAUUAGAGCCUCAGUCGCUCAUAAUCGUCGUGCUUCUCAGGAUGCUCUUUCGAAUGGAUAUAGUGAAAAUGAGGCAAAUGGAUUUUGGGGAGUUUUAGCAAGGAAAGGCAAAGACAUUCUUGAAGAAAGUCAGGAAGGACGUACAAUUCUUGAGACGUCGCAAGAUCAUGUCUCCAACGGACGUAACCCAUGGCAGAUGCAAACAACUCGGCCACAAACACAAACUAUUCAUGAAGAUCAAUUAAAAGCUUCUCGCGACGUGGCAAUGGCAACUGCAGCAAAAGCGAAACUGCUACUACGAGAGUUAAAGACAGUUAAAGCUGAUCUUGCUUUCGCGAAGCAACGUAGCUCUCAGCUGGAAGAAGAAAAUAAAAUGCUUCGAGAGGCUCGUGAGAAGGGAGACAACCCUGCAGAUGAUGACAUGAUACGGCUACAACUCGAGACACUGUUAGCAGAGAAGGCUCGUCUAGCACACGAGAAUUCAGUAUACGCUCGUGAGAAUCUCAUCUUAAGGGAGAUUGUUGAGUACCAUCAACUAACAAUGCAAGAUGUUGUGUAUUUAGAUGAAGGAUUUGAAGAAGUAACAGAAGUUUCACCAAUACCUGCUGUUUCAAGAAUGCUCUCUGUUUCACCUCCAUUAUCACCUAAAUCAAUUCAUCAUUCAUCACCAUCAAGAAACUCAUCAUUCACUAAUUUAACAACUCUUGGUUCACAACAAGUAAAUACAAAUGAAGAAUUAUCAACAACUACUUCUUCAAAGGGGAAAGAUUUAACAAGAAAAUGAUGAUCUAACUAUGUUGCUCCUCCAAGUGCCAAUCAUGUUUUUUUCUCUUUCAUCCUUAAUAUUUUGUCUAAGUAUUAUUUCUUUCUUGUCCUUUGUAUUGGUCGAUUUUUGACACAUCUAUUAAGAAAACCAUUUAAUACUAAAGCAAUCGAUAUUUCACUG